AGGGGCGGGACCAUCGGAGGGCGGCUGCACUGAUAGUUGAGUGUAAAGAUCUUCAGUCACACACACAUCACAUCUGGAAGUGUGAAGCUGCUCUCGUCCACUCAUCGGCCUUCUGUUACUCCACAGUCAUGUUGGUCUUACUCGCUGCCAUCUUCCUUCUCCACAUCGCCUGUAUCUGUCUGCUGCUGGCCGCCACCAUUCAUAACGCCUGGUGGAUAACCGACACGAUGUCCACUGAUAUUUGGUCUCGCUGGAUACUGACUGCUGGUGGAAACUGGAACUACACUGAGAUUCCUGCUUUCUAUCCUAAAGAGUAUCUGCAGGCGGUUCAGGCCAGCUCUGUGCUCGCCUGCAUCUUCUGCAUCCUGGGGCUGUUCGUGUUCGUGGCUCAGCUCUACACACUACCUAAAGGAAAGCGCUUCCUGUUCACCGGAGCAUUCCAGCUGCUGGCCUGGCUGUGCAUCAUGAUCGCGGCCUCCAUCUACACGGACAUCUUCCAUAAAGACAAGGAACCGGGCUGGUACGGAGCCUCCUUCAUCCUGGCCUGGAUCUCCGUCUGUCUCACCUUCAUCUCCUGCAUCACCUACUUCGUCCUGCGCAAGAAGACGGCGUGAAGAGCACACACAUCAGCAGAUGUUCAAACACUCGCCAGAUGAUGAUCCUCUGAUCUCAGACCUGCUCGUGUCGGCCUCCAGUGUCUCAGAUCAACAUUAUAUAGCUGAAUGUAAUCUUAGUGAGAGUCCGUGUCCAAAUAUGUUAUCGUUUUGUUGUAAAUGUCAUGUUUUCUCAAUAUUUUAAUGCUAGUCAUUGGUCCGGGCUGUUUUAUGGUCAUGUGACACGACUAGCCCCAUUUAGCACUGUUACGGAUGAUUAUUAUAAUACACUACUUGACUGUUUGUUUCUGUGUUUAUCAUGUGUCCUGUACUAUCCAUCUGAUCCACCCAUGCUGUCACUGCAAAUAUCAUCACCAUCACAACUUCAAAUAAUGACUUGAUUUGAUUAUGAUCUUGCUCUGUUAAGUUAAAUCACCUCACAAUACAUGUUAACCAACAACGUGCGCUGAGUUGGUAAUCAUCCUUUGUUUUAGUGAUCAAGUCUUGUCAUCACUUAAGAAAUUCUGAAAGACAAAAUAUAUUUUUCAAAUAAAUAAAUAAAAGACAUAUAUGCUGAA